AUGAAAGCUCAUCUCCAAACAAAUCAUCAAGAAAUUUAUACUCGACAAUUAACAAAUUCAGUCUUAAAUGAACAAACUUCAACCAAAGAAGUCUUAAUCGAUGUUAUAGAUCUUUCAAAAUUAGGAAUCACAACUAUCCAAACUGAUGAUGAUAGUGAAUUCAAUAUCAAGAAUCUAAUGGGUUUUUUUGAUAAUUUAUCUGAAUCUGACUUUGUAAAAUUACGUGAAUAUAUUAAUGAAGUUCACAUAUAUAACAAUGAGAUAAGAAAACAACAAGAAGAAACUAAAGAAAAACUAUUAUAUUGUCGUUUAAAAUUAAUAAACUCAGUUGAAUCAAAUAGAUUCUAUGUAUAUGAUUCUAUCGAUUCUGCAUCAUUUAACAAAAGAUACAUACUAACUUUACUUACAGUUCGAUUAGAUGAAACAAAAUUCACGUUCAACAUUUCUAUUGAUUCUGUUUUCUUUGACAUCAAACUUUAUUCUAAUGAAGAUGCAUUCAACCACAUUAUGGAAUUUAAUCCUGACAGUUAUGAAAUGAUGAUCAGACAACCAUUUGAUUCUACAGAAAAACAUAAUUUUCUAUGA